AUGAAAUCCACCAAACCAAAUGGCCACGGUAGUCUUUACAAGGAGGUGCGGUUCUCGCCUACUGCAACGCCUGUGCGACGCGCCCAGUCCGUGUCGACGAGCAACCCGCUGCGUUCGGAGAAACGAUGGAAUUUCCAAGGCACAGGCACGACCGUAGAGACAACAGACGCGUUGAGUAUUCUGGAGGAAUCGCGACGGCUACAGGAGAGCCGGGAGGUGCAUUUCCAGAACGAACGGGCGUUGUUUGCGCGAGAGAAGGCGCUGUGGGAGGGUGAGCGGCGGUUACUCCUGGGUAAAAUCCAGGAACUGGAGGUCCUGUUGGGAGAUGCUCGUGCAGGGCAGCAGCAGCAGCAGCAGCAGGGGGGAGACACGGACACGGAUAGGGACAGGGGGUGGGACAGGGGAAGAAGAAUGCAUUUCCAGCCCUGGACGGGUCUGGGUGGAAGCAAGCCUACCAGGGUCUUUCAGGGGGUAGAGGAGCUGGGAAAACACGCGAUUUCCAUCCAGCAGAGCCGGCAGAUGCUCGGCACAGGCAGUCUUGAUGAUCACCAUCCGCCUUCUCUCGAUGCGGCUGUGCCCGUUCCGAUCGAGAAGCUGGACAGCAAGUUGGAUGGGAUUACGCUCAAGUCGACUGCGUUACCGCCAGAGGUUGUGGCCCGUGUGAUGACUCCACCGUCGCCAGUGCUGUUGGACAACGACAACCAUCACCGCCCUACUUCUUCUUCUCCUUCUUCUUUGUCUUCCCCCCCCUCCUCCACGUCUGCAUGCAAACCGGCUGCCGACGCAAAACAUUGGAACCACAGCAGCAGCCACUCUAAAUUGAGACUCUCGGAUCUAGGCCCCCCGCAGGAGAACCUGGUCCGGGACGCAGGCCAUACGCCCAUGGCUAUCAUUGACGAGGCGGAAAUUGAGGCAAUGAGCCUGAGCCAGCCGGCCACCCAGUCAUCGUCUUCUUGUUGCCCCUUGGACGAGGCCGAGGAUGAGGAACACCCCAUUGCUCCCGUGACUACGCAGGUCCGUCAGCCACGCGAGCAGGCGGACUCCUACUUUCCGGAUGUGCUCGAGGCGGAAAAUGAGGACGAGGAGGAAGAGCAGCAGCAAGAUCCGGCUCUCACGGGACCCCUGUCCCUGCUCAACGAUGAGAAACACGACCGCUCGUUCCUGCAGGAACUGGACCACAGACUCCUCGAUCAGGCUCGCAGGAUCCUCGCCACCUCCUCAGACUCUCCCGAGAGGGACGGGGGUGACGCCGACGACGCCUCUGACCAAGGCGAGCCAGAGCCGGAAUUGAAAUUUAAAAAUGCCACCAAUUUUGGGACCGCGUUUGGAUUGUCCAAUGGAUAG